AGAACGAUAGAUAACUAUUUUUAAUGUUGUUAUUAUUAUAUUUUAUUUUAUAAUUUUUUCCCGGUGGCGUUUCAUCAGUCAAAGUCAAUACUUCGAACGUUCAGUUUACGUCAUUAAUGCCAUGAGAAAGGCAUCAGUGUCACAACCUCCUGUCUCCAAGACCUGUUACAAUUUUUCUUCAGCGCUAUAAAACUGCGAUUGCCGUCUAUAAGCUAUUAUUUUGAUCAAACUCUAGAGAUAAAUUGUGAGAAAUUAAUAUUUUAUUGUGAUUUCAACAAGUCGUAUGGAGUUGGAGUUAUUUCGUAUUUUUACUUCGAUCAGAGAAAUCUGUUUGCUUUAGAGUUUUGCUCAGUAAAAUAAUUCGAAAGGCUAAAAGCUCGAUAAAAUAGACCACUAGAAAUUGUGUGUAGCUAGCUAGAUAGUUAGACAUGUAUGUACCUGCCUCGGUAUGUUAGUGUGAUUUAAGUGUGUUUGCUCUACCCUGCUGUAAGCAGCUAUGGCGUCCUUAGCAACGAAACGUGGGUGUCGAGAUACGGGGUGUUCAUGUUUGAAAGAGAAAACACCAACCUCCCCAACUACCACUUACCCAGUACACAAAUACAGCAGUGAAAUACCGAGGAAUAUAGAAGAAGAGCGAAGAUUAAUGAACAGAAUAUGUCAAACGAAUUCAUUAUUAACGUCUGAGUUAUUUUCAGAAUGUCCUCAUUGUAAUAACAACAAUCAAGAUUUUUGUUAUGAGUUUGUUCAAAAACUUGCGGAACUGCGAGAGUGCCAUAAAAAGACCUUGAACUUCUGGCAAGAUCUUUAUGAAAAGAAUUGUAUCAAUGAAAGAGCAGCUGUUAAUAGAAUGACCGAACAUGUAAAUGGAAAACGAUCCAAAGAUAUUUAUCCUGUUCAUAAAAUAAAUGUAGAUUUUAAUGCUAAUGAGCCAUACGAAAACAAUUGUACAGUUCAUGAGAAAGAUUCCUGCAAAAAUAUCGACAGAAACCAGCAAAUAUUGGAAAAUGUGAAAAAAAGAAAUUAUUUCAAAAGGAAAGCAAAGAGAAAAAAGAAGAAAAGCACUCAAUCUAUAAAAGAUGAUGGUUAUGAAUGUAUUCCUUGUCGUGCCUUGAGUUGUGAUGAAUCACAAUGGAAUAAUCAAUUCUCAGAAUUACCAGACUAUAUUGAGGACACUGAGGACAGUAAUUUAGAAUUAAAUUCACCUGAAUAUUGUGAGCCGUUUACCAAAAUGCAACCUGCAGUGCAUCGCAGCUGUUCAUUUAUUGACAAAUAUCAGAACGAAAAGAAUGACUGGCACCAUGGAAUUACAGUACCAAAACCUUUCAACAUGACACUUCGAGAGGCAAACAAAAAAAAGAAAAAAAGUAAAACAUUAUUAGACUUUGAGAGAGAAUGUGAAGAAAAUAGGAGACAAGAAGAAUGUGAAUGUAAGAAAUUAUUCAAAGCUUCUCCUGUCCCUGCUCAUGUGUAUAUGCCUCUUUAUGAUGAAAUCACGAAGAAGAAGGACAGGCAGCGAAGCAUAUCACAGAAAAACCGAAAGGAAUAUCUAGAAUCUCUUCAACAACCAUUCUCUUUUGCAGGAAAGAACAACGAAAGAAAUGUGAGACCAUCUUCAUGUAUAUCCUUUGUGGAAUCAGAAAAAAAGAAGCAUAAAAAACUCAAGGACAAGCCCAUUUCUAGAUGUACCCAUUCUUUUGAUAAAACAGCAACUGAACUAGAGCGAAUGAGAAAAUUAAAUAAGAUGCUGAGAGCUCAAGAACUUGGUGAUGAAUUACUUUCAACGCCGAAAGGGUUGGAAACAAGUCAGAAACUAAGGGAAGAAGUUAUACAUGACAAUUUAAAUGAGAAAAAGAAUUCUUUCACACCAAGCAUUCAUAAAUGUAUUCCUGAUUAUGAUGUCUUGCACAAACAAUUUCAGAAAGAAUUAUCAAAGAAGAAGAAACUGAGAAAGAACACUGUUACCCAGCCUUUUUGUUUCCACACUGAAGACGUGGCACUGAAAAGAUAUAUUGCUAAACAAGAGAAGAAUAUGUAUGAAGGAAGCAAGAGUUACAAUAAUCUACCUGUCAGGCGAAGGAAAUCAUUCAGUUGUCCUGAUACGACACAUACCAUACCAUCCAAAACAACCACUUCAUGCCAGUUGAGAAAAUCAGCAAAUUUGAUGAAAAUAGAAAAUCAGAAUUCAAAAGAAUGUGUAAGCAACAAAAGUCAUAAACAUUUGAAGAAGGAAAUUCAAGACAAAGUCCGCAGCUACCACAGAAAUCCAGUUGCAGAGAAUAAAAUUCCAUCUUACAUAAAACAGCAACAGGAUUACUUGAAGGAGCUUCAAGAUAUUUACCAACGUUUGAAGAAUCGACCUCUACUGUUUGAACAAGUUGAAACAAAAAAUGCUAAGAAUAAAGCUGAAGAGAAGUUUUACAAGACAUUAAAAGAGUAUGGUAUAGAUAAGAAUGACAUUGAUGUGGAUCGGAAAAGGAGAACCAAGUACAGGACAUUAUCACCUGACUUAGAAGACAAAGGUUUCCGUUCUGAAGGGGACACAACAAAAUAUAGCAGAUGUCCUGCACAUGGUAAUUCUGUUGCACAAUAUGAAGACUUCCUGAGGCAUCACUGUGAACAUGACAAUGCAAAUAGAUAUUUGGAAGAUGGACAUCAUAGUGAUUGUUGUCACCGACAUCUAUCUGAUUCCAGUUCUCAAGAAUCUCUUUCAAGUGAUCUCAGUUGAAUGCUAACAAUUUUGUAAAUGAAAGAAGCAACAAAAAAGCAAAAAAGAAAAAAAGAAAA